AUGUGGGGUUUCGAUGUCUACUACCCACAUUUAAGAAUAUUUUCUCAAUUUCAGAUGAACUUAAAUUCAUAUCGCAGUAGAGGCAGGCCAGAGAUGAGCGUGAAAGUUGGGCACAAGAGCAAGUUAGCGGACCUGCUGCGCUACCGCAUCCGCGCAGUUACCAAUGACGGAAAGGCCUUUGUCGGAGAGCUUCUCGCGUUCGAUGCACACAUGAACCUGGUACUGGCAGAGUGCGUUGAGCACAGGAUUCCUAGCACACAAGUGCAGAGCCUCAAGGCCAAAGCAAAGGAAGUAGACGCACAGCCCAAAAUCGAGACCCGCACACUGGGACUGGUGGUAUUAAGAGGUGACCAAGUGCUGACCACCGUGGUCGAAAGCGGCCCCACAAUGAGCAAGAGAGAACGCGCCGUCGCGCAUGACAGGAAGCAAGCCCAGCUGAACAAACACAAGCGCAAGGGCAAGGGCGUCGUGCGGCCCGGCGCCUCGAAUAACGCCGUGGCGCCGGCCCCGGGUUUCCAGAGAACCUCUCAGCCGCAGCCGCGGCCAUUCCAGCCGCCUCCGGGCUUCAGGAGGCGAUGA